AUGCUAACAAAAACGAGCCCUUACUUGAUUAUUGGAGAAGUUGUGCUGUCAUAUGCUUCGAUAUUGCGAGAGCUUAAGGUGACUGAUUUUGAUCCUACGGAGAAGGUUUGGACGAGGUUUCCCCCUGAGGGGUCGGAAAUUACGCCUCUGCAUCAGUCCCCUGAGUUUCGGUGGAAGGAUUAUUGCCCAGUUUUGACACAAGACGAUAGAUUUAUGAUAAAGACUGUCAAGAAAUCAGAAGUCAAGGUACACAUAGUACAUGAAUGGGCAUGGGCUGGUACUCCAAAUGAAGGAGCUGCACGGCUUCGACUACAAAGGCUAGCCGAUACUUGGCACCGCAUGCUUUUCAAUAUCCAGGUCGAUUACUCAAAUUGCAGCUUGACUGCCAGAAGGGCCUUAUUGACGACCAUUUCUAUGGGUUUCCCGUUUUCGACAUUGAUCUCCAUUUUCGAUGGUUGA